GAAGCCCAGAGGAGGGAGGAAGGAAGAAGCAUCGGAAUGGCUCUGUCCCAGGAACUGCUGACGUUCAGGGACGUGGCCGUGGAAUUCUCUCAGGAGGAGUGGGACUGCCUGGAUCCUGCGCAGAGGGCUCUGUACUGGGACGUGAUGUUGGAGAAUUACAGUAAUCUGGUCGCCCUCGAAGUCUCUCUUUCUGAGAUGAAUAUUGUCUCCAUUCUGAAGAAAGGAACAGAGCCCUGGACUGUGGAGAACGAGAUGAAAAUAGUGAAAAACCCAGGUAAGUCUGAUUGUAUGGAGAUGCGGAACAUAGGUAAAAGCUCAGUUAGUGACAUCACUGGGACAAGAGAUGAAGAGAGCAAGUAUGUAGAGGGCUUUGAGACUAACUCUGGAGGAAGCUUUCAGUCACACAGGCUUGAACUGCAGCACAGAUUUCAAACUGCGGAGAAAAUGUACGAAUGUAAACAAGUUGAGAAGUCAGCCCGCCAUGAGUCUUCAGCCUCACCAUUUGAAGGGAGCCCUAGUCUCCAAACCAACAUCUUCAGUGAAUAUGGAGAGGUUUUCAUACAUCCUUCAUUACUUCCACAGCAUCAGAAAACUCACAUCACUGAACCGUCGUAUAAAUGUGAGGUCUGUAGUAAGUUCUUCCGUCAGAACUCAAACCUUGUGAACCACCUGAGAAUUCACACCGGGGAGAAGCCUUACAAAUGCACCGAGUGCGGUAAGGCUUUUAGAUGGCGCUCGGUCCUCACUAAACAUCUGCGAAUCCACACAGGAGAGAAACCGUACAAGUGUAUUGUGUGUGACAAGGCUUUCAUCCAGAGAGCCAACCUGGUAAAACAUCACCGCAUUCACACUGGAGAGAAACCUUACAAAUGCAAUGAAUGUGGUAAGGCUUUUAUCAAUAAUUCAAGCCUUGUUGAACACCAGAGAAUCCAUACCGGAGAGAAACCUUACAAAUGUAACGAUUGUGGCAAAGCCUUUAAGUGGGGCUCCAAUCUCACUAGCCAUCUCAGAACCCACAACGGAGAGAAACUAUUUAAAUGUAACGUAUGUGGCAAGUUCUUUAGUCAGAAUUCCAGCCUUAUAACUCAUUACAGAAUUCAUACUGGAGAGAAACCCUAUGAAUGUAAUUACUGCGGGAAGGCUUUUAUCCAUAACUCAAGUCUUGUGGAACAUCAGAGGAUCCAUACUGGAGAGAAGCCUUACAAAUGUAAGGAGUGUAGCAAAACCUUUAAGUGGGGCUCAGUCUUCGCUAAACAUCAGAGAAUUCAUACUGGAGAGAAGCCCUAUAAAUGUAAUGUAUGUGGCAAGUUCUUUACUCAGAGUUCAAGUCUUACCACGCAUUAUAGAAUUCACACCGGAGAGAAACCUUAUGAAUGCAAUGAAUGUGGCCAGGCUUUUAUUCACAGUUCAAGCCUUGUGUAUCAUCAGAAAAUUCAUAUUGGUGAGAGACAUUACAAACGCGUUGAAAGGGCCCGGACAUUUGCCCCAAGUGCGAGCUUGAUGGAACCACAAAGCGCACACGCUGGAGAGGGUACUUUCAAGUGUGGUGACUGCGGUAAGGAAUUCGUACACUCGUACCAGUCCGUUCAUGAGCGAGUCCGCACUGGAGAGGAAGUUUACAAAUGUCAUGAGUGUUGGAAAGCCGUAAAUGUGGCCAGUUUCCCAGUAGAUAUCAGUGACUCAGUUAUGGAGCAAAGUUAUAUAGAUGUGAAGUAUGUGGCAGAGCCCCUGGGUGACACCAGUGGUUAA